ACGCAAAAGUAAGGUUAUGCUGUACUUGCCAAGGACGCGCAGAUUAUUGAUUUGUCAGCCUUGGCAAUUCCUGAUGUUCAGUUGCCUCGCGCGUUUACCACCCUAGUGCGCUAAGGAUUUCACUGAUCAAAAUGAAGAACAUUCAAAACUGACAGACAUUUUCCUUAAUUUCAAGGAAUGAUUAUAGAUAAUAAUAGCUAGAUAUUAAGGAGACACAAUAUCAAAACUGUAUUCAAGCUAGCUGAAAUAUUAAAAACUGAUUGAGACCAAUGAAGAACACUGUUCCGCUCAGUCUACACAAACAUUUAAUAUCCAAACAAGUGUGUGAAUGAGUGGACACUUUGUGAAACAUCAAGAUAUGGAAAAAUUGGCCAUAGCAGAGUAAAGUUUCAAAACCAAACAUGCAACAGAAUUCGACAAAACAAAAGUACUUGCAAAAACUAUCCAAUGAUAAUAAGAGAACCUUAGAAAUUAUCAAGAAGGCUCAAGUGAGGGUUAGUCUACUAGUAGCUGCAGCUGCUCUAGUUGUUUUGCUGGUUUCCUCCACACAAAAUUGGUUUUCUUAUCUGUUCGAUGAGGGAAACACUCAGCAAAAUGGAAAUGAUAGCUUAUUUAAUGUCUCAUUUUCUGAAGUUGGAGAGAGACGCCAAGUCCAAGAUUUUAUUGAAGUCUCAGAGAUUCUACCAAACUGUGGAAUUAAGGAACAAUGCCCAGAGGACUCAUUCCCAGUACACAUCUACACAGGUCAGGAUAAAGAUGAUCAACCCAAGUUGUGUAUUCAUGGCAAGUAUCUAAUCGGGAACAACAUCAAUGGAGGUGGGAGAGGUCUAAAUGCUGCCAUCGUAGACGCCGUUCACUUCCAAGUGGUGGCUGUCCACAACUUCGAUCUUUACAGCCAGAACAGCACUUCACUGGAACUGUGGCUCUCCAACCAGGUGUUGGACAAUGAUAUCAUCAUUGUCUUUACAUUUGAUGAGGCUUCCAAGGAACUUAGCCGCAAGGCUAAAAUGUCACUGUAUAGACUAGGAAGUGGCAAGAUUCAAGAUCUACAGUUUCGGUCUCAGUGGUAUAUGAUUUCUCAAAAGGGAAUUAACGGAUUUACAUCCUUAGAAAAACUCACUUUUGCCAAAAAUGACCACUGGGGAGAAGCAAUAGAUGAACGUCUUUGUGUCCCCAGACAGAUUCCAGCUGUUACUAUUACACCCGAUCCUGCUCCUGAAAAGAAUUCUUUGCGAGAGAAAUUCUGUGAAUCUGUCAAAGAGAUGAAAUGCAGAGAGUUUUGUGGAGCGAUAGCACAACAUGAGGCAAUAUAUCCUGCACUGUUGACGAACCGCAGCUUAAUAGGGAAUGCAGUGUACUCAACACCUAUCAUAGUAGUCGGUGGUACCUCAUUGGGUACUCUGUCUCUGACGCUGCAGACUCUAAUACAUCAGCCAGGCAUCCACAGUCCCAGUGUCCUAGUACUCUACCCAGAGACUGAAACUGACAUGGCAGAUCUUGUACGACUUUUCUCUUUCCAGGCAAUUCCUGUCAACUCCACAGCAAAUAAUGAACACAUACUUCAGGGGCUGCGGUUGGUAAGGAAAAGGUUUCCCAACAAGAAGUAUGUCAUAGUCUUGGAUGAGGGGUUAAUAGUUUCCCCUGACUUUUUGUUCUACAUGGCUCAACUUGCUUUCCUCCUUGAGAAGGAUGAUUCGAUUUUUGCUAUUUCUGCUUGGAAUCCAAAUGGGUACAAGAAUGUUUCUAGCAACCCUCACCUUGCCUAUAGGUCUGAUCAAUUUCCAGGACUAGGAUUCUUGCUUCCAGUUAGUGUAUUUGAUAAGUACCUGGAAGGAAAUUUUUCUUCUUGCUGUAGCCAACAAUCGGUUCUUGGAUGGGAUGUUAGCGGCAACAUCGUAUUUCCUGAUGUUUCAAGAGUGCUACGUCGCCCUUCUGACUUCCUCCAUUCUUCUCCAGAUGAUUUACAGUAUCAGCUGUUCACCCAUCCCAGAGAAACUAACAUAGAUGUAUCUGCUUGGAUUGAGAGACCACAAGAGUUGACAAAAGACAGAUAUUUUCAACAACUGGUAAACCUAAUACAAGAAAGUACAACUUUUCAUUUGUCAGACCCCGAUCUUCACCUUUGUCAAGAAGGUACCAAUGCAGCGGUGAUGAGAAUGCUUCAGGAAUUUUCAGGGAAGGUUCUUGCAAUAUACUAUCAAGAAAUGAACUAUAACAACUGUACAACAUUAAGGACUAUAUCAAAAUGUUUUGGUAUAUUUGUCCCCGCUAACAUGAAGCCUCAAGGGCUCUAUUUGGAUCUUUUUAGGUUUGCAGUUGAGGGGAAUACAGUUCUGUUGGUCGAAUCAAAAUCUCCAUUUUUCAAGUCUAAAACUCAAUCAGUUUCCAUAUAACAAAACUUGCAAACAGUUCAUCCUGAGAAGACAUCUUUAACAUUGGACAUUCAGAGCUCAAGAUUUUAAAUUGUUUGUACUGGAUAGUGAUAAAAUCAAUAUUGUUUAAUUAUAACAUACAAAAGUGGACUUAUUGAUUAUAGAAGUUCAAACAAGAUCAUUCCUUAUUUUAAAUUUGUUUGUUAAAAUAAGAUCAAGUUAACAGGUGUACUUUCUUUUACUAUAUUAUAUUAUUACAUACAAACACAUUUUCAUGA